UAAAACUAAGAGAGCAAAAAGGUUUCUUGAGAAGAGAGAACCCAAACUUAAAGAAAAUACAAAAAAUGCUAUGCUCAUAAAAGGAGGAAAUGCAAACCUAACAGUGACUGAAGUGCUAAAAGACAUUUAUGCUGUCAAGAAGCCUUUUGCUGUACUGUAUAAAAAGAAAAAUAUUACCAGGCCUUUUGAGGAUCAAACAUCAUUGGAAUUUUUUUCCAAGAAAUCAGAUUGUUCUUUGUUUCUGUUUGGCUCUCAUAACAAGAAGCGACCUAACAACCUGAUAAUAGGUCGCAUGUUUGACUAUCAUGUCCUAGACAUGAUUGAGCUAGGCAUUGAGAAGUUUGUAUCCCUAAAAGAUGUGAAGAACAGUAAAUGUCCUGAAGGAACAAAACCAAUGUUGAUAUUUGCUGGUGACAUGUUUGAUGUAAAUGAAGAAUACAGAAGACUGAAGAGCCUUCUUAUUGAUUUCUUCAGAGGUCCUAGUGUGCCCAGUAUUCGUCUGGCUGGUUUAGAGUACGUUCUGCAUUUCACAGCUCUAGAUGGGAAAAUUUACAUGCGAAGCUAUAAGGUGCUUCUGAAGAAAUCUGGCUGUAAAAUACCAAGAAUUGAACUGGAAGAGAUGGGACCUUCAUUAGAUCUGGUUAUGAGGAGGACACAUUUAGCUUCAGAUGACCUUUAUAAACUGUCUUUAAAACAGCCAAAAGCCCUGAAGCCUAAGAAGAAAAAGAAUAUCUCCCAUGACGUGUUUGGUACAACUUAUGGUCGAAUUCACAUGCAGAAGCAAGAUCUUAGUAAACUGCAGACACGGAAAAUGAAAGGGUUAAAAAAGAGGCCAGCAGAGAAGUCAGCUGAAGAUGGUGGGGUUAGUCCCAAAAAGUCAAAAUCAGACUGAUAGUCUGGAAUGGCUUUGAAAACUCCUUGUACCUUCAAAUUUAGUAUAUAUGUUGUAAUACAAAUGUGUCAGACAUAAAAGAUUCAGCUGCUGUUAACUUUGGUUUUAUAAAAAAAAAAAAAAAUUUUAAUGAUUUGCCAUUUUUAAGGGAACAUGGGGGUAUUGAGCUUUAACGUGGAACUUGGUUAUUUAAAAUAAAAAAUGUGAUAUAACUUGCUUAGUUUUCCAA